AUGGCUGGAGGUACCAUGGCACAACUUUGUCCAGCGCAAAAAUACGUGGAAGCACCGAGAAUAUCCUGUCUCUACUUCCAUCCGGGCUCUUGCCUAUGUUGUUUUUGCCUGCGCAGGCUGAGCCUUCAGCUCAUAGUGCAGACCAAUGAGAGCUUCUCAGGGACGCUGAUCCUCAUGGAGGAGACUACAGAGCCCACGUCCACAGAGGAUGCAAAGUGUCUGCUGCUGCAGGUCGGGGGUGACACGAUGCUGGGAAUAUCCUACCACGCACAGAAUAAGGAACCACCAAGGCCCAUGACGCUGAACCUUUUGCUGCAGCUGCUCGACCGUGGCAAAGAGCUCAGCAUGCGAGACUGGCAUCUGCUGCAUGUGGCCAUUGUCGAGCUUAGAGAGAGUACAUUCAUUGGCCGGCUGUUUUUUGGUGAUCCAACCACCAAUGAGAUCACUUGGGAUUGCGACUGCCGUCCCUCCGAUGGCUGCUGGCUUGCAUUGAAGAGGAUGUGUCCCCUGUACGUGCACAAAUCUGUCUGGGAAGAGUGUGCCCAGCCCCUGAAGGUGGUGUUCUCGGUGGAGCAGACACGCGCCCUUCUGGAGAACAUGUCACAGUUCUCGCAUGUCACCCAUCGAGAAGAUGAGGUCGGGGAUCCCCUGACCUCGAUAAGAGAAGCUGAUCCAGUUGUGAUCAAGAGGCUCAAGCGACAAAUGGCUGUGGCCAUCUCAGAAGAGGACUACACAACAGCGGCAAAGAUCAGGGACCACCCUUACAUGACGAAGUACAAGAUGAUACAUGAACACAAGCAGGCAGGGCGCUUCUCGGAGGCGGAUGAUCUUGAGAAAGAUCUGGAGAAGGAGAUCAAGGAUAACGACAACACACUGUAG